AUGCUCUCUUUCGCCAUCUGGGCGUUGCUGGCUGUGCUGGCCGGGUAUGUGCUCUACUUCGCGAUUAAUGUUCAAGCAAGGCAGAAGCUUGCCGACAGAUUGGGCCUUCAGCGAAGGCGCUGUUCUGUUGCAACAACACCACCGCGAGAUUUGCCUUCGAAACAAAUCGCGGAGGUUGAUGCGAGCGCAUUAUACGUGCAUGCGUUUCCGCCUCAUCGCCGAAACGCGUUCGCAAAGCUCCCAUCGACAGCAGGCAGUCAGCUCUCCAGAUCUCCGCACGAACUCAGCCAACUUCCAGCGAACUACGAGAGACUACUGUCAGACAACGUGUCGCCGGAUCCAUUCCUACAUGCACUUCACGCCACACCCACGGGCUUCACCCUGGCUGAGAUUGAACAGCUUGGCCGGUUUCCAGAUUAUGCCACUCUCAGCGGAGUUCCGUUGCCCAAAGCCUGUCAUGAGUUUGACAUUGGUUCCGCACUAUCGAGGCCGUACCGUCCCUUCAGAUGGGCCUACCACCAGACGAUGUCUAUCACAAAGAUGGAGCCGGACUGGUGGCUCGAGCUGAACCAGGAAUACGCAGACACUAUCAGGUGGCGAGUGCAGAUUUUCGAGCAGCAAUGUGAUACCGUGUUGCAGACUCUUCCGGGAUCCGAAGUGGCAACAAGAGAAUUGAUGGAAAUUUGCUUGCAGUUCCUGUGCGCACGAUGUCCGCACUACUUCCGUCUUGACCUGGAGCGAAUGGUGUUCCAUAACGACAUUUUGAAGACUCAGACUGAUCUGGCCUCUACGCCGCCGAUGUUUGUACUGCUCCACAACGUUCCAGAAGACUUCGCCAUCAUGCUGAGGGAUCCUGAGACUGGCUUGUACACCUUUCGAAGUGGCAUGAUCAUGUCGAGCUUGGGAUGGUCUCUGGGCACCAAAAUUGGUCUGAAGCUGAGCGACAUCCACAAACCCGUUCCGGACUACAAGGAGAAGAUGGAGUUCUCAAUGGACAGGUAUUUCUCCAAAAAGCCAACUGACAAGCCGAUCCAGCGCGGUUCCUGGGGUCUGGAAGUUGACAGGCCGCUGUUCAUGCCACCUGGCGAUCCGCAUAGCAUUGUCCGCGAGGCACAGAAUCCUGAUCACUCCAUUGAUCGCAUGCACCUGAGAGUAGACUGGCAGACACUGAGGCGGCUGCCUCUUUCGGGGGCCAUCGUGUUCAAUUUCAAGGGUCUCUUUACGCCUGUGACGGAGUUUCGAGACGAGCCAUAUAUCCCCUCGCUGGUGCUGAAGGUCCUAAAGGAAGGGAAGCAGAGUAUCAUGGAGUACAAAGAUACUUGGCAUACCGAGCAUGUCGUAAUUCCAUAUCUGGAGCAAUGCGAGAGGGAGCAACUCGAGAAAGGUCUGAUUGAGGCAGAUUGGAAGCCCGAGACGCUGAGCGAGUCGCCUUUCUUUCCUGGCUGGGAGGAGAAGUGGCAUAGACAGCAAGGAUUCUGA